AAAGGCGCUCCUCUGGCUUCGUGCCAGAUAAGAUCUCUCCUCCAAGUAAUUAAUUGAGUCGGGCAAAGCAGGAAGCUAAGGCUGGCUGCUUAACCAGUUCACUCCUGUCAGCGUUAAUAUAUACCUGCUCAUUUUACAUCUUUCCAAAAAUUCACCAGGCCCCGUUCUUACCUCGAGUAAUAAUGCCCGCUCCACCGUCAGCCUUUUUGGGAGGUUUUAUUAAAAGGUCCCCACCAUCCAUCUACACUCUACAGACCCUUUUGGAAAAACCCAUCCUACCCUUUUGUCCUCUGCUGCAGGCUCUCUCAGUAUCCUCUUCGCAAGAAAAACGAGACACCGUAAAUAGACAGCAGAUAGAGCGAGAGCGAGCGAACUCCCAGAGAAAGGGACUCGAAGAGGAGAGAGAGAGAGAGAGAGAGAGAGAGAAAGAGGAGAGGAGGAGGAGGUAUGGGAACGGGAUGGCGGAGAGCAUUCUGCACAUCGAUCCGUCGAGAUCCGGAUACGGCGGCGGUGGAGAGGAGCCCUGACCCCAGCCCCCGGAGCUGCGCGAAGUUGAGCUUCUUCUCCGGCAGCGGCGGCGGUAGCAAUCCGUCGACGCCAAGGUUGCGCAGCCUCCGGUGCCGGACGAAGUCGACGCAUCCGGAAAGCCCGAAGCUGCAAUGCAAGACCGCGAUGGUGGUAAGGUCGCCCACGUCGCCACCGCCGACCAGCCCGAAGCGGAGCCCCACUUUAUUCCGUCGAGGUUCCUCCAACACGUUUUCACCCAGAUCCCCUUCCACGUUCGCCAUCUUCAAGGCCGCCCUUCACCUCUCCCGGAGCAGGUGCAUGAUAUGCGCGCAGAGCUUAAAGGCGGGUGGAGGGACGGCAGUGUUCACGGCAGAAUGCUCCCAUGCUUUCCACUUCCCCUGUAUCGCGGCCCACGUCCGGUCUAGUGGCGGCGGCACCCUCACCUGUCCCGUCUGCUCCGCCUCCUGGCGCCAGGCCCCCUUCCUGUCCUCCCUCGGUCACCAUCAAGACGACGAGCCUCAUUCUCCUGUGCUGGCAGGAGACAGGAAGCCACUGCACUGCCGGAGGAUGAGCAGGGAGAACAAGCGUGGAGAGAGCGAAGCAGAUAAGAGAAGACCCGUCUCUGCUGCCCCUGCCGUGAAGGUCUAUGAUGAUGACGAGCCGCUGCUGCUCUCCACCAGGACCACCCAAGGGGGCGCCAACGUCCGGUUCAAUCCGAUUCCAGAAGCAGACGAACACGAUGACGACGGCGGCAAUGAGGACGACGAGCUGGGGGCACAGGAGGAGGAAGAGUUCCAUGGGUUUUUGACGAAGGAUAAUAACAGCAAUAACAGUAAUUGCUCCUGGUCACAAUCUUCCAGGGCCACCGCCGGCACGACGAGGGCCUACACAGGGGGACUGGAGGAGGUGAGCGUGAUGCCGGAGGCGGCUCUGGUGUCUUCUGGACGGAAGCACCGGAACUACGUGGUGGCGCUCAACGUGAAGGCUCCUGCGGCGGCGCCGCUGCUCAGCCGGUGCCGCCGCGCCCCGAUCGACCUAGUGACGGUGCUGGACGUGAGCGGGGGCAUGACAGGGCCCAAGAUCCAGAUGCUGAAGCGGGCCAUGCGCCAGAUCAUCUCGUCCCUAGGCCCUGCCGACCGCCUCUCCGUGGUCGCCUUCUCGGUCGUUGCUGCCAAACGCCUUCUUCCCCUCCGCCGGAUGUCACGGCCUGGCCAGCUCUCCGCCCGCCUGAUCGUGGAGCGCCUAGUGGCGUCCGGCGACGGUCAAGGUUCGUGCGUCGGCGAUGCCCUCCGUAAGGCCACUAAAGUUUUGGAAGACCGCCGGGAGCGCAACCCCGUCGCUACCAUCAUGCUCCUGUCCGACGGCCAGCAGCAGCGCGAGGAUGCUAGUAAAGACGGCCGCCUCUGCGCCCGGUAUCCAUCGUCGUCGGCUGCCGCGGUCACGACGCGGUUCGCCCACCUGGAGAUCCCCAUCCACGCGUACGGCUACGGGGACGUGCCGCAGCAGCAACCGCCCAAGCACAGAAGCUGCCCGGCGGCGCCCGUGGAGGACGCCUUCGCCAAGUGCGUGGGCGGUCUGGUGAGCGUGGUCAUGCAGGACGUCCGCCUCCAGAUCGUCUUCCCGUCUGGGGAAGUCUCCGCCGUAUACUCUGGCUGUGGACGGGCGGGGGCCCUCGGCAGCUCCGUCCGGCUCGGCGAUCUCUACGCCGAGGAGGUGUGGGAACUGCUGGUGGAGCUUAGGGUGCCGACGGCGGCCGGAUCGGGCCACCACCAGCAUCCCCUCUCGGUGAAGUGCAGCUACCGGGACCCGGCCACCCAGGAGAUGAUCUGCAGGUGGGAGAGGACCCUGCUUCUGCCGCCGCUCCAGAGCCAGGGCCACCCCCUGCUCGCCCGUUCUGCCUCCUCGAUCUCACUGCGGCUCCGGAACCUGUUCGUCACCAAUCGUGCCGUGGCCGAGUCGCGGCGGCUGGCCGAGCUUUCGAACUACGCCACGGCUCUCCACCUGCUCUCCUCCGCCCGCUCCCUGCUGCUGCAGUCUCCGGCCGCCUCCGACCAAGAUCAGGACCUUAUCCGCCGGUUGGAGGCUGAGUUUGCUGAUAUCCAGCGGCGGCGAGGGGGGCAGCAGCAGCCGCUUUCUCCGUGCGAGAGGAGAGAAGCUACGCUCCUGGGCGGCGAGCAGCAGCAGCAGCAGCUGACGCCCACUUCGGCUUGGCGGGCGGCCGAGCAGCUGGCCAAGGUGGCUAUCAUGCGGAAGUCACUGAACCGGAUCAGCGAUCUGCACGGUUUCGAGAACGCCCGGUUCUAGUAAAAGACCGGACCGUGGCGAGGGUGUGUGGUCGAGGGAUAAAAAUUCUGGAAAGUUUUAUAAAUAACGACAAUAAAAAUGGUUUCUCUUUUCCUUCUUAAUUU